AUGGAUUCAAUCAACAAGAUCAUAAACUUUGUGUUUCCUCCUUUAGCCUUGUACGGGCUUUUUGUCUUCUACCCAAUUUACCAAAGGCUGAAGUACAUCAUCUCCAUCUACCAGAAUCUGUUCUCAGAAAACGUCGCCGGAAAAGUGGUAGUCAUCACCGGAGCAGCUUCGGGCAUUGGCGAGGCUUUAGCAUAUGAAUAUGGGAAGAAAGGAGCGUAUUUAGCACUUGUUGACAUAAGAGAGGAACCUCUCUUCCACGUAGCUGCUCUCGCUGAGCUCUAUGGCUCCCCUGAAUUCAUGCCCAUCAUCGCCGAUGUUUCCAAGCCGCAAGAUUGCGAGCGUUUUAUCCGAGACAUGUUUCUUCAUUUUGGCCGAUUGGAUCAUCUAGUGACAAACGCAGGAGUUGCUCCACUCUAUUUAUUUGAAGACAUUGACGAUCUCUCAAAGGCUUCACCGGCUAUGGACAUAAACUUUUGGGGAUCUGUUUAUUGCACCUUCUUGGAGAAGACCAGAGGAAGGAUUGUGGUGAUUGCUUCCGGAUGUGGAUACAUUUCUUCACCUAGAUUGAGCUUUUACUGUGCGAGUAAAGCUGCAGUGAUCGCCUUUUACGAAAGUAUAAGAACUGAGUUUGGAUCAGAGAUUGGGGUUACGAUAGUAGCCCCGGGGGUGAUUGACACAGAAAUGACUCGAGGCAAGUUCAUGACAAAGAAUGGUGAACUCGUAGUCGACAAAGAGCUCAGAGAUGUACAAAUAAAUGUAUUACCAGUGGAAUCAGCAGAGAGGUGUGCGAAAGCAAUAAUGAGGAGCGUAUGCAGAGGAGAUAGAUACUUGUUGGAACCGGAAUGGAUUGGUUCUGUAAUACUAUGGAAAGUGUUCUGUUCAGAGGUAACAGAUUCAUUGGGCCGGUGGCUGUUGGCUGGAUCAGGCUAG